AUGUCAACCAGCCUGGAUCCGAAGCUCCGACGAGACACCCUGAAGUCCGUUCUGAAGGGCUUGGGGAUCCUCGUCAAGACCGCCAACGUCGUCACGGACCUGAGCUUCACGACUGCCGAGAUCGGCACUCGCUUUGGGCUGGGCAUCGCAAAAGACGUCGUCUCGGUUGUUGGUGAUGCCACCGGGCUGACCAAGGUGGGGGUGACCCCACUGCUCACCGGCACAAUCUCUGUUGCGCAAAACAUUGCUGUCACCGGGAUCGAAUCUGGUCGCUACUGGACCGAUCUAGGUCUUAGUGCCGCCAGCGAGUCGCUGACGGCCCUGGAUUCGGUCUUUGGAACAUCAGACACGACCCGGACCAUUGCCGAGCUUGCGCAGGUGGUCAUGGAUGAACUCAACCGGGAUGCCCUCUCGGCAACAAAGCACGAAGCUGGCGAGGCGGACAGUCGUGUCGAGGGGAUCGGCAUGGUCGAUGUCGUCCGUGGACUGACGGCAUGGGCAUGUCUGCAAUACACCACACGGCUUCUGUGGAUGACGAAGCGCGAGCAAGCCGUUUCGGACCUCCGCGGGAUUGAAUGGAAUGAACCUCGGAUCGAAGAGCCGCAAGAAUCGGUUCUAUUCCAGGUCGAAGAAGAGCAGCUCGUCGAGGGCGUCAUUGGCGAGGGCGAUGUCGUCGAGCCCUCGGUUGAAGAAAUCGACGAGGUGCUGAGCCAUGGUUGCGACGAUCCUGCCACCGAUCCUGCCACCGAUCCUGCCACCGAUCCUGCCACCGAUCCUGCCCUCGCCAACACAAAGCUCAUCUCGGAUCUGAAGCGCCAUGUUCGGUUUGCCAGCGGAGCCUAUGGCAGAACAGCGAUCCAGUUUCUGACCAAGGAGAUGCCGCCCAUUAGUCUUGGCGUCCGUGCCAAGGCGAAGAAGCUCGUGGCGGCAGUCACCAGCACCAACGGCGGACCCAUUCGGCCCGCCUGCACCGCGGACGAGCCACAUCCCAACGAAGAAGCCUUUUCGCGCCACACCGAGACCGAGCCCGCCCACCUCUACCAUUCAUCCAAUCGAGACAAGGAAACGCUCCUGGAGACGCUAUCGCUCAAGUCCGGCUACAAGCCGACCUACUACAUCCUUGUCGACCACCCCAAUCGCGCAGUCAUCGUUGCUUUUCGCGGGACCUUCUCGCUGCAUGAUGUCAUGGUCGAUCUGACGUGUGACUAUGACCAAAUCCUCCUUGAUGGUCAAGAAUUCAAGGUCCACAGCGGUAUGCAUCGCUGUGCCAAGGAGCUCACUCAACCAGACUCUAAAGUCUACCAGGCCUUGACCAGAGCCUUGGAGGAACACCGGCGGUACAAUAUCGUUGUCACUGGCCAUUCGCUUGGAGCCGGGCUGGCCUCGAUGGUAACUGUGCUAUGGGCGGAUGCCAACGGAUGCACCAUUGGAACCUUGGCUCGGUAUAACCGGACGGUGCGGUGUUUUGCCUUUGCUGCCCCCUGCGUUGUCGAUGCCGCACUGGGUCGGCGGAUGGGUAGAGUCGUCACAAGCGUCAGCAUCGGAAACGACAUUGUCUCCCGCCUCUCUUUGGGUGCCAUCCGUGAUCUAAUGAAGGUGGCAGUGUGGAUGAACCGACACAAGGCCCUGGCCAACGGUUUUAUUGGCAACAUCCUGAAGGGUACGGUUGGCGGCAAGGAAGAGGACGAAGGCGUCGAGGCCAUCUCUGAAGCCAUUCUCCAGGAGGCUAUACAAGCCCGCGAAACCAUCGAAAAGGAAUGCAUUCUCGGGGAAAAGCUCUAUCCUUGCGGACGGGUCCUUUGGCUGACCAACGAAAACAAAGACCAAUGUUUCUGGAAAGCCUUCGACGUUGUCGAUGUCGAUUUGAUGUUUGGUCAGAUUUGGCUCACCAAGGACAUGCUCGUGGACCACUUUCCACAAGUCUAUGAGAGCGCCGUGCGAGGUCUGUGA